AUGCCUGCGUACAUUUCCAAGCACAAGGCCCCUGAGCAGCCACGCCACGUGUGGUUUGUAUGUGACAUCCUGGGCAUCGUGUGCGCUGCGGCCACGUGGGCAUUGGUGCUGAGCGCCGCGGGGGUGCUGCUGUGUGCGCUGCUGCUGCCCACGCGGGAUGUGGCCUAUGGGGUGGCCCACGGCACGCUCUUCCACCUGCUGGCCUUCCUGGCGCUGGCGGCACACGCCCGAACCAUGCUCACGGACCCGGGCUCGGUGCCCGUGGACACAGAGCCCAGCACACCUGGCGGCCCCCGCUGCCCGCUCUGCGGCGCUGUCCAGCUGGCGCGUGCGCAGCACUGCCUCGUGUGCGGGCGCUGCAUCCGCAGGAUGCAUCACCACUGCCCCUGGGUCAACAACUGCGUGGGCGAGGACAACCGGAAGUACUUCUUGCUGUUCUCACUGUACACGGCGCUGGCCGCGCUGCAUGUGCUGCUGCUGCUCUGCGUGCCCGCCCUACGCAGCUACGCGCGCGGGGAGUGGGACAGGCACGGCGUCCCGUCACCCGGCGGCUCCCUGGUCUUCCUCUUCCUGGUGGCCCUGAAGGGCUUCUUCUUGGGGUCUGUGUCGUUCGCCAUCCAAAUGCACGCCAUCUGCACCGACCGAAACGCAAUCGAGCAGCGGCAAAGGGAGAGGGGCAGGCCAGGCCCAGGGUCAGCGUGGAUGAACUGGAAGGCCGUCUUCGGCCACCGCCUCUCCUCUCGCUGGCCUGGAUCAGCCCCUUUGCCUCCCCAGAACCCCAGAGGGCAAGCGGGCACCGCAGUGUGGUCUGAGGGCUCCCCUGUAAACCCAGCCACCAUCUGCCAAAGCUCCCAGGUCCUUAGGGGAAAACGCAACAAACGUCCAUAA